AUGGGCAUAUCAUUGCUUAAAGACAAGCUUCGCGGACUCAAUGAGUUGAAGGCCACGUUUGCAUUGUGGGCGGCUGGCUCAUCCACGGACCUGAACGGCCUGAUUCAGGCAAUCGAAAGCAUUCAAGCCGAGUACUUGGACGAGAUUGAGAAGCGGAACAAUCGCAAGGCUGAAAGGGCAGCCGCGCGUUGCAUCGCUGCCGCAGCAAAGGGGCCUGGGAAGGGCAAGAAGGGCAAAGAUGGCAAGAUGAAAGCGAAAGUCACUUGCGGCUUUUGUGGCAAGCCCAAUCACGAUGCAUCUCAAUGCUGGAACAAUCCGCAAUCGGCAUCUUACCGCCCGCAGUUUGCACAGAAGACCGGGGCUCACGGGGCACCGUCAGAUGCUCUUGCGAAGGCUUUCCAAGAUUUCUUAGCUAAAAAGUUUGCAGGGGCAGCUGUUGACAUGCCGCCAGAACUUGCCAGCGCAUGUGCGCAGCUUGCAUCAGGGGCAUGGGCGUUGGACUUUGGACCAGCAUUGGAGCACGUUGAAGUUGAAGGCCUGACCGGCAUUGCACAAAGUAAUUCCACGGUUGAUGUUGAAGUGCCGCAUCUUGGACGGCGCAAUGCCUUGGUUAUGGACAAUUCCGUCAACAUGGCUUGCAUGGAUGAAGCAUGUGAAGACAUGGGCUUUCAUUUUUAUUGGCCAGCUUAUGCGAGCAAACCUCACUUUUGGAAGGAUGGCGAAGCAGAAAUUCCGCUUGUUGUGCAUAGUCGUGUGCCUUCCUUGUGCAAUGGUGCUGAUGCGGAUGCUUUUUAUGCAAGUGUGGCCCAAGAGUUGGGCCCCAGCAUGGUUGAAAAGUUGACGCCAGAAUUCUUGCAGAGUUUGACCGAUGAGUUCUUUCAAACGCUCUCCGAUGAGUUCACGGCCCAGAACCAGGCCAGCUUAAAUGGAGAGAUGUAUGCUAUCGUCACGCGUGACGAGGCCACAGGUCACCCCAGUGUGCGUCCACUGCGUUCCAAAACAGCGGCGGAAACUGCAGCAGCUUGGAAUGACAUGCCCGGUGGUCUGAACCCACCUGUGCUUUGCUGUCGCACCGACAAUGAGGGCGAAUUUGAUGCUGAGUUCGAUAUGCAGUUGAAGCAGCAGCGCAUCCGGCAUGAACGCAGCCUGCCACACAGGCCGCAAACAAAUGCGCGUGCAGAACGCUUUCAUCGGAUUCUUGCUGAAGGCAUGCGCUCGCUUAUGUUGAUGAGUGGGUUUUGGGCAUUCUGUCUUGCAGCACUUGUCUACCUGUAUGCCCGGUCUCCUACCGCUGAUGGCGGCGCAUCUCCGUUUGAGCGUCGUUUUGACAGGGUGUAUGACGUCAGCCGGCGUCAGAUGCAAAAGUUUGAGCCACCGGGUCGACUAGGCGUGGUUUUAGGAUACGGUCGGUUAGAGUCAUACGUCGUGCUUGAUUAUGAGCACAAUGCCCGGUUUAGACUUCCACGCUUCACAGCAGCAGAGCCCUUGAUAGCCACCUGUGCUCCCAAAGAAAAGCACAUUGUGCCUCCACAGAGUUGGGCCCGAAGGUGUAGAAAGGAUGACCCACGUGUGAUUCGGCUCGCUUACUGGAACUGUCUGUACGCCGCCUCGUGGUCCACACCCCACAGCUGCACUGCGCGAUCUGCUGGGCUGUUAUUCUUCCUGAUCGCUCUAGCCAGCUCCACAAACGUGGUGAUAUCAUGGUACGCCGGCGAAUCCGGCACCCCCACGGUCGCAUUCGCCCCCGAACUACGCCAAUCUUCGGCUCGGCGCACUUUGGGCUGCCAACCCAUCUGA